GUGUGUAUAUGUGUGUUAAACACACUAACACACACACAUGUGUAUAUAUACACAUUCCAUUAUUUUUUUCGCCUCCAAAAAAAUUCUCGUCAGUGUACCUCUAAGAAGCGUAUACCGUGAAUACAUGAUUGACGGGGGAGAAAAAAUAAUAGGAGGUUCCCUGUGGUAAAUAUCAAUAAUGAUAGUAAUAAUGAUGAUGAUGAAUGCCGUCUAGCAAGAACAACAACAACGACAUCAACAACAACAAAUGAAGAAAAAGACAAGAAAAUAAGCGGUCCGAAUGACAUUGUACACUAUUCAAUGAUUUCGUGUAUAUAAAACGAACCAUCCUUUCGGUCAAAGGACAUAUUCAUAAAGGUAUAUUGAUAAAGCUAUUGUGUGCCAUUGGGAAACUUUGAAGAAAAAUAGAAAAUAGAAAAAAGGAAAAAAUCCUGUUUGGGAAUUAUUUCAGAGGAACGCAUCAUAAAAGCUAAAAAAAAAAAUGUCUGAAAAGGAACCCAGUGAAGUGGUGGAAUCAGAAUCUGCCGAAAAUCUAGAAUCAGAAACUGUGGAGGGUCAGGGAUUAAAGGUCACUGAAAGUGCAGAAUCUGAAUCGGAAAAAAAUGCUGAAACGCAAUCAGAAGAGAACUUUGAUUUAGAGUUUGAAAAAAUACUAGAAACGUUAGGAGAAGAAACAACCAAAACGGAAGAGGAAGCGAAACAAAAAGAGGAAAUAAAGGCGAAACAAAAAGAAGGAAUAAAGGCAAAACAAAAAGAAGGAAUAAAGGCAAAACCGGGAGUGAAAACAGCAGCAAAACCAGAAGUGAAAACGGAAGCAAAGCAAAAUGGGAAGACAAAUGCCAAACCAAAAGCAGCAACAGAAGCAAAACUAGAAGCAGAAACGGAAUCAAAAUCCGAAAUGGAUUCAAAAUCAGUUUCGGAAACGGAAUCAAAGCCAGAAGUGGAAACAGAAUCAAAGCCAGAAGUGGAAAUGGAAUCAAAACCUGAAAAGGAACUCCAAAAAGACACAAAAGUCAUAUCUUCUAAACGUUAUCUGUUAACCGGCAUAAACCACCCAUACUGUAAUAUUAUAUACAACCGGAAGACUAAUGAUUGUCUCCAAUACAAUUAUCCAUCUCACUGUCACUUCCCUCACUCUCAUCGCUUCAAAUUCACCAACUGUCCGCACUAUAACAAUUACCUGUGUUCCUGGUUGCCCCAUAAAUGCUUCCCUUGUUACAAUGUUAUAUAUGAACAGUUCUCCCACGAUUGUCUCCCCUGUCAUGAUGUCCUACACAACCUUAUCUCGCAAUGCCGUCGCCCAUGCCAUGACCUAUCCUCCUGCGAUUACUCAUGCUGCUACCACCACAACGCCCACCACCACCACCACCACCACCACAACCCCUACAACCACUACCACCACCACAACCCCUACAACCACUACCACCACCACAACCCCUAUAACCACUACCACCACCACAACCCCUACCACCACUACCACCACCACAACCCCUACCACCACUACCACUACCAACACCGCCCGCAUCAACAUCACCAACAUCACUGUUACUACCAUCAUUGGUAAUAAUCUUACAACCGGAUGUCAAACAACUUGAAGCCAAAUCCCCGACCAUUUUUAACCGGAACCUAUCCAUCAACCAGUGACCAUGCUACUUCCACCACAGGUUAAUAUCCCUUCAAUAAUACAAAGUAUAUGAUAUACAAUAUAUACAAAUAUAAAUAUUUAUCUUAUACAUAUAUUCAAUAACAAGCAGUUGAUAAUGGUUUAUGUAUGUGUGUGUAUAAACAUAUAUAUAUAUCAAAGAUAUACAUUUACACACACACACAAUAUACUAGCAGAAAUACCUGGCAUGGCCCGGGUUAAAGAGAAUAAUGGAA